UGUUAAGCACCACCGGCGUUUUUCAGUCCCGCAGCCUAAACUACACGGCGCCCGUGUUAUUCAUGAAGACGGUUUAGUGGGGCGACAUGGGGACCGAUCCGUUCAGAACGUCAAGCCGUGGGUACCAACAGUCCUGCCCUGCGUUUGCAGAGCUUUUACCUGACGGCACCAAUCUUGAAAGUGAUGCUGACAAUACCAUCAGCAGAACUGACUCGGUUGGAUUGAAGAGCUGGUUCUCAGAGCAUGUCUCCAACAAUGAAGCGACCAACAUGGGCGCACCACGCCCUCCAACCCCGCUGAGAAGGAGUGCCACCACCAAAACAGAAGCCGAGUGCUGUCGGCGGCAGAUUGCCCUCGAGAAUGUCAGUCGCUAUGCCUCCCGCUGCAAAGAGGUGGACAACCAGUUCCUGUUCUCCAGCAGGUCUUCACCAGACUUGGCAGCGGAUCUCCGAAGAGAGGGCGUUCCAGAAGGAGAAGGCGCUGGUCAGGCUGGCUUUCACAAGGACAACUGCGGCAUUCUGUGGCACAAGGAUACGGUGGCCAACCAAGAGUCCCCUCAAUCAGACGUGCCAACGUGCUAUGAGGCCUGCUGUGAUGCGCGACUUGUCUUCCGCAAGCUUGCAUCCAUUUUCCAUUCAGCUCUUGGCCAUGGUGACCUAGGCAUCGAAGAUCCAGGGUUCCACGACCCAGCAAAUGCUGUCAUCAUUUUUGAUUGGGAUGAUACGCUUUUGCCCACAACGUACAUUUUGGGAACCAUCAUACCAAGCUUGGCUGAAGAAGACAGAGCUGGUGUCCUUCCUGAGAGCUCUGAGUACAAGGAGCAGCUUGCAGCUCAUGCUCACUUAGUGUCUUUCUUGCUACGCGCCGCUCGACGGGUAGCGAGGGUGGCCAUUGUCUCAAACUCUUUAAGCCCAUGGGUGCAAGCUUCAGCUGCGCGCUACUUGCCCGGUGUUGACUUCGAAGCCUUGUUCGAAGAGCUCGAUUUGCCAGUGUACUACUCCCGGCAGCAUUUGUCCAACAUUCCUGUCACCUACAAGGUGGACAAUUGGGAAGUCAACCUUGACCGGAGAACAGGUGGGCGAAUCGGUGUCGACAUUAUCCGAGAAUUCGAUGGAUCAUUAGCUGUCGCAAAGAUCGAGGAGGGCGGCCUAAUGGAUCAAUGGAAUCAAUCCUAUCCAGACCAAGCAGUUCAGCCGGGAGAUCGCUUUGCUGAGGUCAAUGGGAACACGGAGUCCUUAGCGGCUGAGUGCCGAAAGCUCCAGGAGUUGAAGAUCACGGUCUACCGAGCUGUGCCAGAUCGAGAUCCAUAUGUGGAAGCCAAGCGGAUUGACAUGACAGCUUGCUUGGACAAAUUUUAUGGCCGCCAUGUCAAGUGGCAACAGAACGUUUUAUCGAUUGGUGAUGCAUGCACAGAGCAGCAAGCAAUCAAGGAGGUUUUGCAUGACAAUGCUGAGUCAAGCAGACCACAACCUUUAUGCAAAACCGUCAACUUGAUUGACACGCCAACGCUUGAACAGCUCAGCAAUGAGCUGAGAAUCCUUUUGGUUUGGCUGUCUAAAAUGGUGCAAUAUCCAAAGGACUUUGAUUUGUUUAUGGACGAGUUAGAUGAUCUCGAAGCCGAGCUAUUCAGAGCAUGAUACCACCGAGCUAGCUCUCGAAAAGGCACAGUGCCUCAUGCACCUUGAAGAAGCCCGGUUCCGGUUUGCUAUAGGUAUAGUGCAGGAGACUUGAACCUUGAGUAGUGGUGCAGUAUGGUUUGUCACAGUUUGACAGUUUGCUGUUUUUCUGGCCACCUGCUGCAUGUGAACCCUCCUGCUGCAUCAAGAGGCUCUGAGUGUGUAGCAAGCUGCCAAGCCGCCGAGGUUUGUGUUGCG